AUGGCUUCCAGGCUGGAAAUCAACUUUGUCCGGUUAUUGUCUCGCUGUGAGUCUCUGGCGUCGGAAAAACGGGGAGAGACGGAGUGGAGGCUCGAGAAGUAUGUGGGCGCCCUGGAAGAGAUGCUGGUGGCUCUGAGGAAAAACCCAAGCAAACCAACACCAGAGGUCCUGACUGAAUACACAAGAAAAGUAAAUUUUCUGAAAGGAAUUCUAGAAGCAGAGAAGCUGUCUUCACCAACUGAAAAAGCUUUAGCUAAUCAGUUCCUCGCCCCCGGUCGGACGCCAACAAUAGCCAAUGAGAGGAUGCCUGCCACUAAAACAGUGCACAUACAGACAAAGGCCCGGUGUACAGGAGAGAUGAGGGACGAGCUGCUCGGCACGGGGUCAUCGGGAAAAGAUGGAGACUUGAGAAACCGAAGAUGUCUUCCUCUGGAUGAGCGUCAGUCCGCUGCAGAGCUGGACGCCGUCCUGCAGCACCACCACAACCUGCAGGAGAAGCUGGCUGAGGACAUGCUCAACCUGGCCCGAAAUCUGAAGAACAACACGCUGGCAGCGCAGAACAUCAUCAAACAAGACAACCAGACUCUGAGCCAGUCCAUGCGUCAGGCAGACAUGAACUUCGAGAAGCUGAAGACGGAGUCAGAGCGGUUGGAGCAGCACACCAAGAAAUCUGUGAACUGGCUCCUGUGGCUGAUGCUCAUCCUGGUCUCCUUCACCUUUAUCAGCAUGAUCCUCUUCAUCAGAAUCUUUCCCAGGCUCAGAUGAUGACUGUGUACAUCUUCUGAACUCUUAGUCCCAGCAUCCUCCUGUGUUUACAAGAGCAGUAACUACAUACAGGCCUCCGUAGAUCUACACAGCAUGUCUGUAUGCGCGAUAUAGAUGAGUAGCUGUCAGUACCAAAACAAAUCAGUUUGAUGAAGUGACACAUUUGCACUUUUUUAAACUGAAUUCUUCCUCCAAAUUAAAGUUUAAAAUGUGGUUCGAAGGGCCGGUAUUCUCUCUUUGAACCGGAGCAGAAUCGAGGUAAAGAGCUACUCGGAGGGCCUCUGGGAGCAACAGUGAAGUCUUAACGCACGGACGACGGGAACUGAGCCUUAAUUAUUUUAACCGUCAUCAGGUCGGCAACUAGCCAGUCAACACAUUUAUGCACUUUGUCACUAAGUGAAACUAAAAAUGUCAGAGUUGUCUUUUGUAGACCAGUUCUUUCAGACUUGUGCACAUUGAAAAGCAUUCGUGAACCGUCCACCAUAAACUGUAAAUCCGACAUAGUUUCAUUGUUAGAUUUAAUAAAUUGAGUACGGAGUGUGAAAUGUGCCAUCAUUUGCUAAUGCUUUACUUUAACUACCCUGUGUAGUGUACUUAAUUUGAUAAACACUAUAUAGCGCACUAUAAUGUGGCUGUAGGCACUUAUAAACUGUUAUGGUAUGUAAUUUUAAUGUAAGUGUUUAUACAUCAUCCUCUGCAAUCCACUUAAGACCAAGGGACGACCUCUGGGUCUGAAAAAUGAAGCCAAGUUGGAGGGACCAAAAACUGCAGUUCAAGUGGCCUCCUGAGGCCAGCUCCCACAACGAGUCCUUCCCUGCAGACUCGCAUGUUGUAAUGCAGUUUUUUUUUUUUUUUUU